AUGGAUGAUGUGAAGAAGUAUGGCACGGCCGGCACUUUGUCAUACGUGAUCACUGAACUCAUCUUCUGGGCCGUGGCCUUCCCCACCGAGUGCAUUGUCUACUUGAACACUGCUGGACACUGGCCAGACUUCAGCAAGCCCGAGGAGAGCGCUGCAGUCUUUGGCCUGGUCUUUGCUGCUUCCAACAUUGCCCGGCUGUUGUUGCCAAUCCGCUUCGGAGCCGCAUUGGCCAUGGCGCCCUGGGUCGACGAGAACAUCAUGCAGAAAUUCUUCAAGCAGGAGGAGGCCAAGGAAGGUGCGUGA